AUUAUUGUUAUUAUUAUCCGUUUCCAUUGUUCCACAUUAGAAUAAUAGAUUUCGAUGUUUGUUAAACUUUUUAUUUGGUUGGACUGGAAACAAACAUGUAUGUCACAUGUAGCUAUUGAAACAAUGUCAGGAGUAUUUGUUGAUCAAUCCUCUAAAGAUGUUUAUGAGAGAAAUUUUUAGUUGGUUAACGGAACAAUAAAUAUAGAUCACAUAAUUUAUAUAAGUUCCUUUUUAAAACAUACAACUUAAUGUAUGAUUUCUUUCUAAAUAACUUAAAAAUAUAAAUAAAAAUGGAGGACGUUGAUUAUUCUGUGAAAAAUCGUAAAUCACAAGUAACGAAUUUGAACACAGUAAAGUUUGAAGAUCAAGGUCAAUUGAAGACAAAUUCUAAUAUUCUAAAUAAUUCGAAAAACAUAACAAAUGAAAAGCUAAGAAAAUCGUCAGUAGCAAUUCUACGUAAUCGAUUUUUUCGCGCCAUCUGGACAACGCGUAACACAGUCAAUGCCACUGAUCGAAGAGUAUUCAUAAGUACUACACUAAGAGAAUUACUACUGUAUAUAGUGUUUUUGACAUUACUACUGAUAAUUGCUUUGACGACUUUAAAUUCAAUGACAUAUUUCUACAACACAAGUAUUUACAAUCGAUUCGUAGUAACGGACGGUUCAACGACAUCUGAUAGUCCACAAGCAUUUCAAAAUAUUCAUGAUCAUACAGCUAUGUGGAAUUAUAUCAAUGGUCAAUUAUUGAAUUCAUUAUAUUGGGAUGCAUGGUAUAAUCGACUGAAUGUAUCAUUCAAUGAAAAAGAUUUUAUUGCUCAUGAUAAUAAAGUUUUAGGUGUUGCACGUCUUCGACAGCUUAGAGUAGAUCCAUCACAAUGUGAUAUACCUAAACAGAUGAGAGGUGUUAUAGAAAAAUGCUAUCCUGUUUACAGUACAAAAGCACGCUUUACAAAGUCAAUACAAAUACAAGGCAAUAUCACACCUAUUUACACAAAAAAUGCAUGGAACUUUAGUGAUUCUCACGUGACAGGAGCUACCAGUUAUUCUGCACCAUAUGGUUAUUAUGAUGGUUCCGGUUAUAUACAAGAUUUGUCCAGAUCAAAUGAUGAAACUGUAGCCAUUUUAAAUGAGUUAUUUCAAGGUCAAUGGAUAGAUCAAUCAACUCGUGCAUUGUUUAUUGAUUUUACAAUAUAUAACGCAAAUGUAAACAUAUUUGUUAUAGUAAAAAUCAUAUUUGAAAUGCCUGAAUCGGGUGGAUUAUUUGGUAGCACUAUAGUUCAACCAGUCAGAUUAUUUCGUUAUCAAACAGUGACUGAUUACUUUGUUUUAGUAUGUGAAAUUGUGUAUUUGGUUUUUCUUGCCUAUUAUAUUAUUGAAGAGAUACUUGAGUUUUCAGUUAAACGUUGGAGAUAUUUUAUAAAUAUUUGGAACUUAAUGGAUAUUACAAUGAUUGUAGCCAGUAUAAUAUGUGCAGCAUUUUUAAUAUAUAGUACUAUUAUUGUUUCAAACAAUAUGUCCUCAUUAAUUAGUGAUGUUUCGUCUUAUCCAAAUUUCGAUUAUCUUGCUUAUUGGUAUAGUCACCAUAUAAGAUCAAUGGCAAUUUGUGUAUUUCUUGGAAUAAUCAAGAUCUUCAAAUAUUUAACGAUUGAUCGUUCAUUAAAUCAAUUAACAAGAACAAUGAGUGUAGCUGCUUAUGAUUUACUGGGAUUUUUAAUUAUGUUUUGUAUUGUGUAUUUCGCGUUUGCUCAAUUGGGUUAUUUAGCAUUUAGUGCAAGAACAUUAGCGUAUAGUUCAUUUACUCAAACAACUUAUUCAUUAUUUCGUAUAAUGGUUGGUGAUAUCGACUUUCCAUCCAUUCUAAAAGCUCAUCCUGUUUUAGGACCAAUAUUUUUUGUGACUUUUGUUUUCUUUGUAUUUUUUGUUUUAUUAAAUAUGUUUCUUGCUAUUAUUGAUGAAUCGUAUAAAACAACAAAAGCUGAAUUAAUUCAACAGAAAAAUGAUGUAACAUUGGGGCAUAUACUUAAAAAAAAAGCUAAAGAUUUAGCUAAAAGAGUUCAAAAGAAACGAUCUAAAUCGAUUGUUCGUAUAUUACGAGAAUAUGGAUUGAUGGGUAAAGAAAAAUUACCCUAUGAAGAUUAUCGUCAAGCAUUAAAAAGCCAUGGAUAUAGUGAACCAGAAAUUUUUACAACUUUUGUGAAAUACGAUGAAGAUGGUGAUAAUAAUUUAGAUCUAACAGAACAACAACAAUUAGCUUAUGAAAUUGACUUGGGUGUAAUCUAUAAAAUUGGAGAACCAGUUGAUGAAGGGAUUGGGACAGAUGAAGAUUCCAAUGGAAAUUCUGUUAAGGAUGAAGAUAAUUAUGUUGAUCCUGAAGACUAUAAUGAAUUAAUCCAAAAUGUUGAUCUUAUGGAAGCUACACUUGUUUCAAUUAUUACACGUAUAGAUGAAUUAUUAGCUAGCCUAGAACAAAUUGAGAUAGCAAAACGUGAACAUAGAAUACAACUUAGUGGAAUAAUUAAAGAUAUGUCUCGAACACUCCAGUUUAAAUAAACAUAUGGUUAUAAACGAGUUUACUGAUAUUUAUUUAGUACUCUUCAUAAUAUAAUCACUGGUAAUAUCACCAUCAUCAUCACCAUAAUGAAUGUCAUUUAUUAUUGACUAAUGUUAACGACUACUUCCUAAAUAAACGCUUAUCUAAAAUUUAAAAGAACUUUAAUUAAGAUUGAUUUGAAUGCAUUGAGUUGUGUUGUACUUUAAUUUUUUGAAGUUUUAGUAAAUCCUAUCACCAUGAUCCUUAUUAUAAAUUUCUAAUUAUAUGACCAAGAUUUGAAUCUAACAAUGAAUCAAUUAGAUAAAUAAUAUCCAAGUUUAAGUUACUUGGAGAUUACAGACAUUUUACCAACGUAAUGAACAUGUUACCACAAUUUCAUAUUACUAAAAAUAAUAUGGACAUGAGUGAACACUAAUCAUUAAUCUAUCCUGUUUACGAUAGAAUUCUGAAAUGCAUAGAAAAGUCUACUUUAAACGACACUAGUUUAAUUAUGGCUCAUAGUUCUGAAGACUAUACAACAGUUCUUCAGCAUGAAGAUACCUUAAGUAGUCGUAAAUAUUGACGGUAUAGGAAAUGAAUGUUAAGAUGAACGUGAGGUUUGAACUAAGGUUGUCGUUGUUAGCUGUUUACUUAGCAUGUCUAAAAUAAUCAGAUGUGGUUCAAAUUAGGCGUCUAAACACCAAUGGAAAAUACACU